AUGAGAGUGAGAAAGCGUACUUCCAAGAGAACAUCUACAAGGAUGAAAGAGGGCAUUAAGAAAAAGGCCGCCGCGCAGCACAGGAAGGAAAGAAAAUUGGCGAAAAAAGACCCUACCUGGAAGUCAAGAACGAAGAAAGAUCCUGGUAUUCCCGCGAACUUUCCUUACAAGAACAAAAUAUUAGAGGCAAUCGAAGUCAAAAGACAACAGGAUUUAGAAGAGAAGGAGUUAGCUAGGCAGAAACGUUUAGAAGCCAAGCAACAGAUGCUUGAAAAUGAUGACAUUAUGGAAGAAGAUGAGGAGGACGCUGGAGAUGACGGGAGCGGACUCGCUGCUCUUCUGGAAUCUGCUCAACAAGCCGCUUCUGAGUUUGAAGGUAAUAUCAGGGAUGAAUCAGCAGAAGCUGUGCAGAACGAUUCAAUGGAAGUUGUGGACUAUGACAUCGAUUUUUACGAAGAUGGCGAUGAGGCGGAAACAGAACUUGAAAAAUCAAGAAAGGCAUACGACAAAAUUUUCAAGACGGUUGUGGAUGCCUCGGAUGUGAUAUUAUAUGUGCUUGAUGCUCGUGAUCCCGAGGGAACUAGGUCUAGAAAAGUUGAGCAAGCAGUCCUACAAAGCCAAGGUAAGCGAUUGAUACUUAUUUUGAACAAAAUCGAUCUAAUUCCACCUCAUGUUUUGGAGCAAUGGUUGAAUUUCUUAAAGUCCAGCUUUCCAACUAUUCCUUUAAGGGCCGCUCCAGGAGCAACGAACGCGACUUCCUUCAAUAAGAAGCUAACUCAAAGUGGAACGGCCUCUGCGUUAUUGGAAGCUUUGAAAACCUAUGCUGCAAACUCAAAUUUUAAGAGGUCAAUCGUCGUGGGUGUUAUCGGUUACCCUAAUGUUGGUAAAUCUUCGGUGAUCAACGCAUUGACAUCUCGCAGGGGAGGCCACUCUAAGGCCUGCCCAGUUGGUAACCAACCUGGUGUAACCACGUCUUUACGAGAGGUUAAAAUUGAUAACAAGCUGAAGAUUUUAGAUUCUCCCGGUAUUUGCUUCCCAAGUGACGUAAAGAGAAAAUCGAAGACAGAACAAGAGGCAGAACUAGCGCUUUUGAAUGCGUUGCCAUCUAAGUUCAUCAAAGAUCCAUAUUAUGCUGUUUUGAUGUUGAUAAAAAGGCUGGCCAAAUCAGAUGAAAUGACAGACGCUUUCAAGAAGCUUUACGAGUUACCUCCCAUUCCCGCAUCAGAUCCUGAUUCAUUUACAAAACAAUUUUUGAUUCAUGUUGCUCGAAAGAGAGGGAGAAUAGGAAAAGGUGGGAUUCCUAAUCUUCAUGGUGCUGGUAUAUCUGUCUUAAAUGAUUGGAGAGAUGGGAAAAUUUUGGGCUGGGUGUUGCCAAAGUCUUCAAAAGAUUCUUCUAUAAACACAUCAGAACCAAAAACACUCAGUACUGGAAUAGCUCAGCCUCCUCAGGUAUCCGAACAUACAUCAAUUGUAAGUGAAUGGUCUAAAGAAUUCGAUUUAGAUGGGUUAUUUGCCUCACUUGAUAAAGCGAUUGAAUCAAAUCAAUAG